GACGCCAUUAUUGUUCAUAGAAACCGCCAUUUCCCUGUUCUACGUGUGGUGAUCACAAGUUGCUCUGUGGUAAAUUCUAUAAAUCUGUGUUAGCCUAAAAAAAUCUGUGUUAUUAUAAUAUUCAGUGAUACUUACUAAUUCAAAUUGAAAUAAGUAUUUGAGUUUUAUAAUCAAAAACUGAUAUUGAGAUAGCUAUUGAAAGGACGCCGAACAUGAAUUCGCCCGAAAUUGUUCAAGACUUCACGAAUAUGUGCCGAUGUUGCAUGGAGGUUGCUAAUUAUGACCUUUUCAAAACUUAUUUUGAGAACGAACCUCUAGCGAAACUUUUAUCCGUAUGUACUAGUCAAAGAAUUACAAAGAAUGACAUAUUUCCAAAAAAUAUAUGUCAGACUUGCUUACAAAGCCUGAUAGCUGCAUAUAUAUUCAAGGACAAGGUGGUGAAAACUCAACAAGCCCUCGCAUCAAUAGCAAGAGUUGUUGAUAGGGUUAAAACAAAAAAGAAUGGAAAUGUUUCUAAAGAUCAUACUUACCAUCAUGAUAAGAAACAAAUAACUCCUCAGCAGCUGAGUGAACAUAUAGAACAGCAACUACCAGAAAUGGGGCACGUUAAAGUGGAAAUCGAAAACCAGGAUGAUGAAUAUUUAUCUCAGAUGGUUCAGCAUCAGAUUCAAAAUGGAGGUAUGGAAGUGGAAUAUAUAAAGCAGAAUGGAGAUGGUGAAGAACAAGAAUAUUGGUUGCAAGAGGUUCCCGAAGGUGAAGGGGAUACUCUUGAUGAUCCAAAUACAGUACAAAAUUAUGAAGAUAUGAAUAAUAUUUUGAAUACAGUGAAAGUUUUGAAUCCCGUACAAUUUCCCGAUGGUGCUGCUGCUGCUGCUUAUGUGGAGGGACAUGUUCAAGAGGGAGAUGGUGAAGAAUACCAAACUAUAGAGUUUAUCGAUGGAGAUGUGAAUUACGUUGAUGGGCAAUUUAUCGAACAAAAGCCAAGGGAGAAAAUCCAUAUCUGUCGUGUGUGCAAUGAAGGUUAUGCUACCUCCAGGGAACUGAAUGCUCAUGCUCAAGAAGCUGAUCAUCCGCAAAGGUCCUGUACAACCUGUUAUGAAGCCUUUCACAGCUACUCAGCUUUGAUUCGCCACUGUAUGGAUACUAAACAUUCCCGCCCUCCUAUGUUCAAGUGCCCAUAUUGUUUCAAGAAGUGUGACAACAAACUAAUUUUGCAAAGUCAUAUAAAAAAUCAUUUGAAGACCAGAAAUAUCAGAGUUACCAAGGAUAAAAGGGGUAACCUUGGAUGCCAGGUUUGCCGCACUGCCUUCGUAAGUGUUAUGGAUCUAAGACAACAUUACAAGGAUAACAAAGAAAGUCAUUUGACAUGCCAUAUUUGUCUUGAAAGAAUGGAAGACUUUGAAAAUUUCGAGUUACAUAUGAAACAACAUGAAAAUGAGAAACCGUUUGGAUGCGAGAUAUGUGGAGCCAGGUUCAACUUGCAGGUUAAUUUUGAGCGCCAUCUCAAAAAACAUACUCAAACCGACACCCUUUAUAAGUGUCGGUUCUGCCCAAAAGUUUUUGCUAAUGAAAUGUCGGUGGAACAGCACGAGAAGCUUCAUGAAGUCAUAGAUCCAACUAGAACACACCAUUGCCAUGAGUGUGGUAAAGUAUUUACUACUGCAGGAUUUUUGAAGAAGCAUAUUGAGCGUUUCCAUCUUGGUCUGAUGAAUUACAACAAGAGCCCCAGAGUACCUUUUGAAUGCGAGCUUUGCGGAAAAGUUCUUUCCUGCAAAGCAACCCUCUACAGUCAUCUGAAGAAUGUUCAUGAUAAAAAUCAAAAAUCUUUCACUUGUGAAAUUUGCGGAAAAGUCCUGAAAACCAAAACUUCUUUGGAAUUGCACACAAACUAUCAUAAUGGAAAUUGUCCAUUCAAGUGUGGUAUUUGCGGAAAAGCUUUUACAAACGCCACAACUCUAAAGAGUCACUCUUUAAUUCACACAAACGAAAGGCCCCAUGAAUGCCAAGUCUGUCACAAGACAUUCAAGCAAAAGCCGCAUCUCACCACUCACAUUCUCACCAUUCAUACAGCUCUUAAAAUGUUCAAAUGUGAUUACUGCGAGAAAACCUUUGCUCUGAAAGGUAACUUGUCCCAACAUUUGAAGACGCAUACUGGUUGUGAAUCCCCAUUCGUCUGUACCGUUUGUAACAAAGCUUUUUACUUCGCAAGCAGAUUAAGAAAACACGAAAAAAUCCACAUGAAACCGUAAUCAGUUGAAUGAUGUUUCUUUGGAAUUUCUCGUUUUUAAUGUUUUUCGACAAUUUGCUUCAAAGACCUGACCAAAUAUAUCUUACUUUAUUUAAAAAUUAUUCAAGAAUUAAUGGAGAUAUAGAAGUCAUCUAUAUUAGAAUAUUCAUAAAGAAUUGAUUAAGGUAUAUGAAAAAUACCUAUUAUUAUUAUUAUAACUUAGUAUUGUAGUAGAUACAAUUUAAUGUAUUAUGUUGUAUGUUCAAUUGAAAAUAAAUGUUAAUGUGUUUUUC